AUCGUUAUCAUUACAAACGCAAACUCAUCGUCGCGUCGAAUUAUUCCGGAUUUGUGGAUAAGCCUAAUGCUUAGCACUUUUUAUUUUUAAAUUUUAACAAAAUGUUACAUGUUAAUAAACUGUAACUCUAACAAUACAAUUCUUAUUUAGUUGUACGACAACGUACGACAUUAUAUUCUCGUUUUAAAUUAUUGUUAUAUUGGUUCAGUGAGAAAGAUUGCAAGUAAUCCAUCGUCCAAGAUGGAAGACCAAAAAAAAUUGGCUCUACUUAUUGUAAACCAUUUGAAAACUCAACUAAGUAAUGGUAGCUUUACUGACGAGUCAUUGGAAAGUAUGGAAGUAGCAGUUCAGUGCAUUGAGUCAGCAUAUAAUUUAAAUCCAACCGAAUCAGAUGAUGUUGACACUAAGUUGGAAAACAUUGUGAAAGAUUAUUAUAAAGUUAAAGAACAAAAGUCGAAUGUUAAGGAAAUAAGUCAAGCUCAUAAAGAUGAAGCUGAAAACUAUAAGAAGUAUGGAAAUGAUUUCAUGAAAAUUCAAGAUAACGACAAGGCUAUUGAUGCGUACACUAUAUCGAUCAAAUUAAAUCCAUUCAAUCCAAUUUAUUAUUGCAACAGAGCUGCUGCCUUUAAUGCUAUUGGAAAGUACAAUAAUGCUAUCGAGGAUUGCCAGAAAGCAAUUGAACUUGAUCCAACAUAUUGCAAAGCAUAUUGCCGUUUGGGAUUAGCUUUUUCUUACUUGAAAGAUUAUCAGAAAGCUUCAUCAUGCUACAAAAAAGCAUGUGAAUUAGAUCCUUCUAACCAGGGUUAUCAACGGAACUAUCAGCUUUCUUUAAAUAAUUUGCAAACAAAUUCUGGAACAUCGCAACAGUCGCCAAUUGACCCUUCUUCUUCUAUCUUAGGAAAUCCAAAUUUAAUGGAAACCGCUGCACGUAUGAUGACUGAAAAUCCAGAAGUUUCUUCAGUGAUAAACAACAUUUUGGGAGAUGUAACUAGUUCUGGCAGUGAAGGACUAGAUCGACUGAUGCAAGUUGGACAAACUAUAGUUACUCGUCUUCAAACAGCUAAUCCAAAUCUGUUGGAUGGAUUACGGAUGCAAUUUCAGAAUGCUCAAAACGAAGGACAACCAUCACCACACAAUGGAUUUCAUGAUGAUGAACCUCAACCUUAAACUAACAAAAUAUAAGCUUCAAUAAUUUUAAAUAUUUUCCUUAUCCAUAGAUAUUGAUAUAUAAUUAUAAAUACCUUUUUUUAAAUUAAAUUAAUUUAAUCCGUUU